GGGGAUGACAUGUGCGUGAUCUGCUUCGAAGCGUUGUCAACGCAUGCGUACAUCCCUUGCGGCCACCAGGCAGUGUGUGAGCUCUGCAGCGUCAAGUUUCCGAGCCCCUGCCCCAUCUGCAACUGCAAGAGCAUCAUGUGCACAAGGAUCUACAGG